AUGUUCCGCCAAAGUCCAUACUACUAUGAAGUGAGACAGGAAGUUUUUAAGGAAAUAAACAAUGACUUAGCUAAGGAACUAUCAUUAAUGAAGAUAUCUGACUAGCGAUUAGAUUAAACAGUCCCAAUAACAAAAAAAAGUGUUUCGAAACAAGAAUUCAUUAGUUAUUGUAUUUCUUAUCAAUAAUGAUCAAGUUUAUAAAAAACAGAAGUAGAAUGAAUAGGUUAUGGAGACUGAAGAAGAAACCAAUUUAGUUUGCAAGAAUUGUGAUACUAAACCAUUGAAUGCAAAUACAAUAUGUGUCGAAUGUUCUCGAUUGGCAUGUCAGAGAUGCAUAUAUUAAUGUUAUUAUUGUGGAUAGUACUGUUGUUCAUUUUGUUGCAUAAAAAUAUAUCUACAUAAUGGAGAUUUUGUUUCUUGCUUACAUUGUAGUUAGAAUUAAUGA